AUUUUCCGAGUCGAGCGUAACGCUCUCGGGCUCUCGGUCGACGUCGGUCGACGGAGAGGACGGGAACGCACGGGAACGCCGUCGUUCCGUUUCGUUUCCCCACUUCACACGCACGCGCGCGCACGACCGGAGGGAGAGAGAGCCAUCGGUCGUCGAGGGUGGGUUCGCGUAUCGCGGGUGCGCUUCGAGGGAUUCGCACGCACGCGGCUGUGGCUCACGUGUGCCGCGUGACGCGAGUUACAGCCGAGCGGAACGCGCGCGAGUACGCGCGUCGACUCCUCCACGUCUUCGCCGUGAGUCAGUCUGGUCAGUCUCUCCGACGCUGCCACGCUCCGCGAGUGCGUGCGCGGUGCGUGCUGCAUGUGGCCGAACGACGACGACGACGACGUCCCUUGUCAUCGGCGCCGCCGCCGUCACCGCCGUCACCGCCGCCCCCGGAACGCACUCUCCCCGGAAGCUGCGCCCGGAACGACACUUGAUCCUACGACAUGGACACCGCGGUAAUAUUACCGCAUGGAGUAUAACCGCACCGACACAUACAAACACACACGUAUGCUUUGGAGGCAUAUGUCGGAACAUCUACCUAUUGCCUCCUCUCCCCUGUGUGUAUACGAGAGCACACACGCCUCACCGAUAUAUGCAUGCAUCUGACGAUCCGAUGCAUUAUUCACCGGCGACCAACAGUACCAACGCCAUGCGCGGCGCGAUAACAACUAUAACAUCUUCUCCGAGAAACACAGAAAUAGACGGUGCACCCGUCCGUCAAAAGUGUUGGAGCGAGGCACGCGCCCACCGAAUGAAAGGACCCAAAUUUCCGGUCGUCGUCUUCGUCUCGAUCGCAAUGAUUUCGUGAAAAUGGAGGGCCGAACGAUGCUUCAUUCUUCUUCACCGAGGACGAUCUCCUAGGAAUGACACUAUGAAAGGAAAAGCUCACGACUCGACCACACAAGGUUUUGCGAAGCAGUACCCCGGCUGUACACUAUAUACUAGGAAAAAGUCGGGAGGAACGGCAAUCCCCGGAGGUUCGAGAUCAGGUCGCGGAAUUUUAUUGAGGACCCUCGUGUUUGUCUUCCUGGCUACGUUCCUCUGGCUUCAACUUCACGUGAUCAGUUUGACGGGUCGAGAUGAUUCCGGACAAUCGUCAUCGAACGAGACGCUUUUCUCCCUAGUGCCUCAAGAGUUGCACAGGUUUUUGAAGGAGGGUCGUAAUGCGUCGACGAGCUUGGCGAACGCUUCUAGCUCGGGAGCGCUUACGGAGUUGGAGAUUGCGGAAAUUCGUCAUAAAAUCGAGCGAGCGAAUGCGGAGCAAAAAGUGUACAACGAGGAGGCGUUUGGGCCAUUGGCCAGCGACGCUCCAAUUAUAGUCAUUCAAGUGCACACACGGCUCACUUAUCUGCGGCACCUUAUCGUCUCGCUGGCGCAAGCUAAGGACAUCGAGCAGGCCCUUCUCGUAUUUAGCCACGACAUUUGGCAUCCGGACAUCAACUAUCUCGUGCAGAGCGUCGACUUUUGCAGGGUCAUGCAGAUCUUCUAUCCGCACAGCAUACAGACUCAUCCCCAUACGUUUCCCGGCGAAGGACCCAACGACUGUCCGCGAAAUAUUCGCAAAGAGCAGGCCUUAAAUUUAAAAUGCACCAACGCCAAACAUCCGGACUUGUACGGCCACUACAGGGAAGCGAAGUUUACGCAGACCAAGCACCACUGGUGGUGGAAAGCGAACAGGGUAUUCGAUCAAUUGGCGGUGACGAAAAAUCACACCGGGAUGGUCCUCUUCCUCGAGGAAGAUCAUUACGUCGCCGAAGACUUCUUACACGUGCUCAGACUCAUGGAGCGCACUUGCAAGCUCAGUUGCGAGAGAUGCAACGUUCUGUCGUUGGGUACAUAUUUAAAGACGUACAACUAUUUUACGGAUUUUAGUCGUAAGUUCCUCGGCGUCGAUAGCGCUCUGCAGAAGGAGUUGCUGCGUGGAUUAAAGCGGCAAGAAGCAUCGGCUAUGGCGCAGAGGCAGCAAGUUGGCAACGGAUACGGCGGCAUCGUCACCGUCAUCGGCGGUGGUGGCGACGGCGUGAAUAACGCCGGUGGUAACGCCGCCGGCAUCGGUAACGGGAGUACCGGUGGUGUUGGCGUCGGCGUCGGUGGCGGCGUCAGAGGCGUCGGCGUCGGCGUCGGUGGCGUGUCAGCCACCUACUAUCAGAACGCGAUGCAAGCGGGGCCCGGGUGGGCCUUUCAACUCCUGCCCAGCCUCUACAACCAUUAUCAGAAGGCGGAAGUUACUCCGUGGAUAUCUAGCAAGCACAACAUGGGCAUGGCGUUCAAUCGUGUCACAUGGAACAAAUUACGAAAAUGCGCGGCGCAAUUUUGUUCGUACGACGAUUACAACUGGGACUGGAGUCUUCAGUAUAUCGCGCAAACGUGCGUGCCGUCCAGUCGUGGCGCCGGGAUAGUGCCUCGCGCUGAAUCCGGAUUGAUCACGAUGACGAUGAGAGCUCCGAGAGUCUUCCAUAUCGGAGAAUGUGGGGUGCAUCAUAAGAAGAAUAAUUGUGAAUCGACGGCAGUGAUAGCGAAGGUCCAAAACGUCUUGAAUGCGGCGCGCAAUCAUCUUUUCCCUUCGCAAUUAACGUUAACGAUCGCUGGAACGGCGAAGAAAACGAAACUUCGCAAAGGCAACGGCGGAUGGGGAGACGUUCGAGAUCAUCAGCUUUGCUGGAACAUGACCAUAUAUCCAGAUCUGGUCUUGCCUUGAGAACUUUGGAGUUGAUAAUAAUUGGUUCUAAUACAUACAGCGUGAUACGCGCGAACCGUCGACUACUGAAUAAUAGUCAGGAUACCCAGUAAGAUGAUACAAGGACUGGAUGAAUCUCCAUCGUUCUAACGAAUUGGUUUUAAAUUGCGCUGAACGUAUUAUCGCUGCCAGACAUGAUCGAAGGCAACUGCAAGACCGCUCUCACUGCCACGAAUGGGAUAUUUCUUGCGCAAGUAGGAAUAGACGUUUUUUCAAAACAAGAUGUAAUAUUGCACAUCCAACGGACAAGAUAAGAUGUCGGUUGACUCGACAGAGUGAGCUCAAAUUGGUGCUAUUCUGAAAGAAAAUGCAGUUUUCUGUGGUAUAUUUAGUUCGACGGUCUGGUAAGUUGUGAGCUUGUUAUACUGACGUAAAACAUUGAAGACACCUGAAAGCUAUGCAGCUGCAAGUGAAUUAGUGAAUAAUAUGUUUCGCCAAAAAGAAGAUAUUCGAAGAGCAUUCAUUACAAUAUUGACGAGAAGAUUUAUUUAUUCUUCAUUACGCUGUCCACAAAUAGUGCUAUAAAAACUUUAGUAAUAAGACGUCGCGUUUCUUAAAUUUAGUUGUUUUGAAGCAACGUGACACGCACUCGUUCGAAGAAUGAGUAUUUUCGAAAACUAUGCAGGGAAAUAUAAGAGACAAGUGUUCGAUUAGAUUGAAACAUGCAUUAUAUAUCGAUGAUAUUCUAAAGGCCUACAAGACAGCGGAGAUGGCAACAUGUACGUAUUUAAUUUCCGUGUCGCCGUAAAGGUGAUAUAUAGAGGAAAAAAGGCUGCACCCUGUACUUCUGUAAUUUCAUGAUGGAAUUAACUUUCUGCUUCCCGACUUAGCUUCUGCUCUUUUUAAAAUAUUACGCUCUACAGGGGUGUUUAUCAGAUUCGUAAUUUUAAUUACGAAUUGCGCUCAUCAUAUUCUAGUCAAUGUAUAUGACAUAACACUAAAGAGCCGCAGGUAUUUAUAAUCGAUCGUAGAGAAUAAGCUCGUAAAAUUAAGAAUUCACACGUACUACUAGUGAUAUAUGCCUUCAAAGGGCGCAGUAAUGUCAUGUAACGACCUCGGGGAUACGAACGUAAUGAAUGUCUCAUGUACCUUUUAUAUUUAUAACAAUAAAACAACAGCAACGAAAAUAAA